GCGGGCGCGUCGGCCGGCGAGGGAGCAGCAAACGGCCGGCGGCGGGCGCCGCGCGGGGGGCCGGCGGCGCGGAGGAGGCGGCGGUGGCCAUGGCUGAGGCGUCGCCGCAGCCUGGACGGUACUUCUGCCACUGCUGCUCGGUGGAGAUCGUGCCGCGCCUGCCGGACUAUAUCUGCCCGCGAUGCGAGUCCGGGUUCAUCGAGGAGCUUCCGGAAGAGCCCAGGAGCGCAGAGAGCAGCUCAGGCCCCUCCACGGCCCCCUUGGACCAGGGCCGGCAGCCGUUCGAGAACGUGGACCAGCACCUCUUCACGCUGCCGCAGGGCUACGGGCAGUUCGCCUUUGGCAUCUUUGACGACAGCUUCGAGAUCCCCACGCUGCCCCCCGGGGCGCAGACCGACGACGGCAGGGACCCUGAGGGCCGGCGGGAGAGGGAGCCGCACUCCCGCCACCGCUACGGUGCCCGGCAGCCCCGCGCCCGCCUCACUGCUCGGCGGGCCACCGGCCGGCACGAGGGCGUCCCCACGCUGGAAGGGAUCAUCCAGCAGCUGGUCAACGGCAUCAUCACCCCCGCCACCAUCCCCAACCUGGGCCUGGGCCCCUGGGGCGUCCUGCACUCGAACCCGAUGGACUACGCCUGGGGGGCCAAUGGCCUGGACGCCAUCAUCACGCAGCUCCUCAACCAGUUUGAGAACACGGGCCCCCCGCCCGCCGACAAGGAGAAGAUCCAGGCCCUCCCCACCGUCCCCGUCACCGAGGAGCAUGUAGGCUGCGGGCUGGAGUGCCCGGUGUGCAAGGACGACUACCGGCUGGGCGAGCGUGUGCGGCAGCUGCCCUGCAACCACCUGUUCCAUGACGGCUGCAUCGUGCCCUGGCUGGAGCAGCAUGACAGCUGCCCCGUCUGCCGGAAGAGUCUCACGGGACGGAACACAGCCACCGAUCCCCCGGGCCUGGGCGGCGUGGCCUUCUCCUCGUCCUCGUCCUCGUCCUCCUCCAGCUCCCCAGGCAGCGAGAACCCAGCCAGCAGCGCCUGAACGGCGUCCACGUGCGCACAGGGCCCACGGCCCAGCCUGGGAGGCCCCACGGGGCCAGGACUGUGGGGCGGCCGCGCUUGCUGCGGGCAGAGGCUGGAGCACCCGCUGCCUCCCGCCGUGGGGAAGCUUGCCCUCCCAGACGGCCCGCGGGCCUGCGAGGGGCACAGGCACACGUGGCCCCGGCGUCCGGCCUGCCCCGUCUGUCUAACCUCGCUCUCUACGUGUUCGGCGGUGGAAAGGUUUUUAUAAUUUUAAAUUAUUACUGCUUUGAAAUAAAUGGACGUUGAGCUCACUCGCGGGCCCGCAUGAUCUGUGGAAGCACAGGGUGGAGCCGCUCGCGGGGACUCGGGACCAAAGGACGGCCUGGGACAGCACAGCGACCGAGCACGACCCGCAGAACCAGAACCAAGCGAGAGCAGCACGGCCCCGGGGUGUCUUCACAGGAAGCCUUGCUUGUGUCUGGAAAGCUAUUAAAAUACACCUACGUGGAAAGA